AUGCCGGUGAAGAAUCCGAGAAAGGCGAAGGUGCAGCCGAAAAGCCCGACACGUGGUGUGCGAAGCAAAAGACAACGUCGCAUGUUGUGCUCCUCGGAGACCCCUGAGAUUGGCGAUCAGGGCAAUAAUCGAGAUGUCCACCAAACCCAAAGUAUUGAUUUGGACACAAACGACACAACCCGAUCUCUUAAUUGGGCUCUGAUAGUUGCCAGCGUUGCUGAACAGCCAUAUCCUUCCCAAAUCCAACAAUACAAAGAAUGGAGAAGAGCUGGUUCAAAGCGCGAGGACUACUGCUGCAUCUGCCAUGAGUCUGAUCGUCUCGAGAAUUGUCAUACAUGCAAACUCGCAUUCCAUCGCGAGUGCUUACCCGCCGGCUGCGCACGUAAUUCAUAUGACCACCUUUUUUGCUUGAUAUGCGUCCGUCGAGGCUGGGACAAAGCACCUCCAGUGCUUACACCACCCGCUUCUCCUCAGCCUGCCCCCGCCCAAAUCCAUGAUCCUCCCAGCCAUGCAACCAAUGAGACCAACUCGAAUGCUUCGCCGAUUUCUCAUCUACUAGGUCCUACAUCAAGUCUAGAACUGCAACGAGGGGGAAUUCAGACCCAACCCGCUCUAGGAGAAUCGCAACCUAGUGCAGUUGACCGAGAUACAAGCCACGAUGUAACAUAUCCAGGGCCUGCUGGUCCGACCGCUACAGAGAGCCUCCAACCUACUGGACGUAAACGAAAAUCGCGCUAUGGGACGCUGCCCGGUGAUGCGGAUGCAUCGCUUGCUCUCCAGACCGCUACAGAUAGCCCUCAAGGCAAUCGACGUGGGCGGAAAUCGCGGUAUAGCACGCUACCAACUACUGUGGAUGCAUCGCUUUCUGUGAUUUAUCAGGAACUCGAAUCAAUCGCCAUGCUCCGAGCAGAGAUCGAGGAGCUACGUACCCAAAACACCCAAUACGCUCAAACCAUCAAAAUUCACGAACAAACUCAAGUGGCUCUGAGGAGAGACCUAAGCACUUUGCGAGAGAAUGCCACCAACUCUGAAAGUACCAACAAGGAAAUCAGUGAGCUACGAGAAAGAAAUUCAGCUCUAGAGGCCGAACUGCUGGUUUCAAGGGAGCAGACAGCUGCGGCAAAGGAGCUAAAGGAAAGACUUGCGCAGUUGCUCAACACCUAA